AUGUCAACGGUCUGCUGUACCAACAAAAUGAUCAAACCCUACUAUCCUCAGUCUCAAUAUGUUGCCCCUCUGCAUUUCUAUCCUCAUAUGUCGUAUGGGGUUCCACCACCUCUCCCUUCGGCACCUCUACCUGCCACCAUACCUUUGUUUGGUAACUUGGCCUCAGCUCCAACCGCUGUUGUACCUACACCUACAAAUCACGUGCUGGGUUCCACUUCUUCCACAAGUGAUUCUUCACCUGCUUCAAUUUCCUCUAAUGCUAACAGUAAUAACAAUAGCAACGGAAUAACAGCAGCAGGUUCACCUCCACUACCCCUGUCGCAAUCUUCGGAGACUUUAAAGCUUCCCACCAGUGAAUUUAGACCUAAACGAAGACCUAGACCUUUGGAGUUACGGUAUUCGUUCAUGGCUUCUGCCCCUUCGUUAGCAGAUACUACCAAAACUCCAGUCACAACUUCUUCAGCCCUUACAACUCCUACUCCGUCUUCGAUGUCGUCUUCAUUGCAAGUACCCUCAUCGGUUUCUACUUCACAUAUGCAUCAAGAUGAAGUCCAUGGAUUAAAGUCUGCACCCCCAACAUCAUCGUUCUCUGCUGCCUAUGCUCGUUCCAGUAUAAUAUCUCCGUUGUCUCCGCUUUUUCAUCAACUGUUCCAUCAAGUGAAGCAACAACCAGCUUCCAGUCUAAGUGUUGAGAAUAAAGAGAAUAUUGGCUCAGUUGCUACUGCUUUUGGAACUCCUGGUCCUGGUACCGGAGUUGUGCUUCCUCCUGUGGCCACUAGCUUUUCUCCCUUACACAUACCACCUAUUCGGUCUAGCAAAAACUGGCUCAGUGGAGUGCUCAAUGGAACCAGUAGUACUACCAAUGGUAAUGCUAACCCUGGUAAUACUAUAACAGGUACCACUUCUAAACCCGUCCAAUCUGGAGACGACGACAUGGUAGUCGAUGGAACCAGUCAAGAAAAUGGAACUAUUAAAGGCAUUGAGAUCAAGUGUGAAGGGGUGAAGCACGGUGAAGUUCAUAAAGAAGAAGGCAACAACAUAACCAAGACGAAUGAAGAUAGUAAUAAUACCAAUAGUAAUAAUAAUAACGGCAGCAACAACAUUGACGUUGAUGUUGAUGUUGAUAAUGUUGGAACUGCUACUACUACUACUAAUAGGGUCAUUGAAAAGAGGCAAUCUAUCCGUAACUUGCUCUCUUAG